GUUUUGGACAAGAUCUUACAAAUAUAUGAAAAUCCUGCUUUAAAAAAAGAAAUGACGAUGUUCAUCUUAAUUACUUUACUCGCAUACGCUGUGGCCGAGCCGCCAGUAGGGGACGGCUACGCAUCAAGAAGAUCAGGUCACGACCAUCACGGGUUUGAGAACCAAAGGUCUUUAUCACAAGAGUAUGGCGCGCCAGCAUUAGGAGCAAGAAGCAGCUACGCAUCAAAUGAAGCCAGAUCCUUUUCAUACGAUCAAUCCAGAUCAGCUCCUUCCCAAGAGUACGGGCCCCCAGAAUUCAGGUCAAUUUCUCAAAAUUAUGGACUUCCAAAUUCUAGAAAGGCCCUUUCUCAAGAUUAUAAGUCACCAAAUAACGUAAGAUCAAGCUUUACUCAAGAAUAUAGAUCAUCUAACGCAAGAACUGGACUUUCUCAAGAAUACGGAACACCUAAUACCAGGACUGGACUGUCUCAACAAUAUGGGGCACCAAAUGCUAGGUCAGGCAUAUCCCAAGAAUAUGGACUGCCAAACGCUAGAUCUAAUCUUAAUCAAGAGUAUGGACAACCGAAUUCCCGAAGCCUCUCUCAACAAUACGGUCCUCCUAAUCAACGCAAUGCUGGAGCAGAUUACGGUCGUUCACAAGACUACAGCAUAUCUACUGCACGUUUGUCUCAAGAUUAUGGAGUUCCACAAUUAAGAGGUGGUUCUAACAUCCCAUCAGAUUCAUACGGACAGCCUCUUCUUAGGUCAUCUCAAACUUUAGCAGAUUACAGUACACCUUCCGAAGAAUACGGUGCGCCAUCUCAGAGGAAUUUGGAUCAGGCUCCAUCACAGAAAUACGGGCAGCCUAAUUUUAGGAAUUCUCAGUCUUAUAGCCCUUCCCAAAGCCAGUCGUUAAGUAGAUUCAACAAAGGCUCUGCGUCUACCAGAUCUUUCCAAUCGUCUUUUGGUUCGAGAAGCCCAUCUCAAACUUAUGGCACUCCUCGAUCAUCGUAUUCAGUAUCCAGUGCAAGGAAUAUUGAUUCUUAUUCCCCAGCCUCAAAGUCUAUUUCCGCGACAUAUUUGCCAAGUCCCAAAGGUGUCUCUCAAUCUUAUGGAGCGCCUGAUGGACGAAGCUUGUUUACUGAAUACGACGCACCGGAUGCUAGAGGAUUUCAUACUAAUGCUUACGCUUCCUCAUUUGAGUCAGCGAGAUCAGCUCCAUCAACAAAACACGGUGCACCAUCAGUCCGCGACGCGAUGCCCUCAGAGCAGUACGGCGUCCCUGAGCAAUAUGACGCAUUAUCCAGUCAGGGUUACAGCUACGCCAGAAACGCUCUUGAUGAGUUGUUGAACCAGGAGCCAGCCAAUUACGACUUCGGGUAUAAGGUCAGUGACUACAGCAGCGGGAGUGACUUCGGCCACACGGAGUCCAGGCAGGAGAACAAGGCCGAGGGGUCAUAUUUUGUCGUCUUGCCUGAUGGCACUAAGCAGGUAGUGGAAUAUGAAGCCGACGAGCGAGGUUUCAAGCCAAGGAUCUCAGUGGAGUCAGCUGAGUCCAGACUAGGAUACGAUGACAACGCCGCCGACAUCGCUCGUGCAGCUGAUGGACCUUAUUAGAUGUAAACCAAUGGAUUGAUGGGACCUGCCCAAAAAUGUUUUCGUCUAAAUAUUUACCUGCUCUUUAUUUCACACAGAAUAAGGAAUAUGUUAUGUUGCCUUAGUACCUAACUCUAAACAAAUGUCUACGAAUAAUAGGAACUACGUGCACGUAAAUAUUUUUGACUAAGGUUUUGUCUGCUCCUCAAUCUCCUUCUGUUUGUUGCCAAAAGCUUUUAAGCUCGGGCUAUUUUUUCAAAAAUAAUAAAUAUUCGACUAGAAAAUAACCAAAAUCAUUUUUACCUUGCAUUCGUCACUUAACAUCAGAUGAGUUCGUUGUUAAUUUUUUUUAUAUAACAUACUCGUAAUUGCUAUCGAUUAUACUUAAGUAUUUCCUAACUAUGCCUUGGAGAUAUAUAUUGUAUUAAAUUAGUGCAGUUUAUUUCUUAUAAACUGCACGUUGCAGGUUUGUUUUAGACGAAAACAAGUGUAAAAGAAAUGUACCUAUUGAAUUAUUUAUUUAUUUUUGUAGCAAAUUAAAAAAAUAUAUAAAAAAAUGUACCUCAUAGUAUUUAAGUUGACCUAUGCUUUA